ACAAUUUUAUUAUUUGUUUAUCACAGAGAAAAUAAAAUCAUUGAGCAUUUAAUAUGAAUGCACUGAGAAUUCAUGAUAAAAUAGUUUUUUACAUAAUGCAUUAUCAUGUUAGAACCUAUUGCUACAUCAGUGUCCAGUCAGACUGAGUCAGGGUCAACACAUAUAAGAUGAAGACUCUUAUAUACACAAUUUUUGGACUAUUUUCUUCAUUUGGUUCCUCUGAAUUUAUUUAUACUACAGAUCUUCCACCUGUAGAUGAUGUUGCAAGAAUGGCAAGAUAUAUUGUUCACACAGCUGAUUGGUGUGUUCUUUCACACAUAACUCAUCAGAGAAAUGCUACUGGUUAUCCUAUGGGGCGAGUGUUCUCGAUGAGUGAUGGUCCUGUAGGCAAGAGUUCAGGAACACCAUACAUUUAUACAUCAUUUUUUGAUGCUGUUCCAAGAGAUUUGAAAAUAGAUCCAAAGUGUGCGAUUACAGUGAGUCUGGUCCAAACUGACUAUUGCAAAAACCAUGAUUUAGAUCCCGAAAAUCCACUGUGUGCCCAGGUGAUGCUGGUUGGAGAAUAUGAAUUUAUUAAGAAUAACACUGAGGAAUGGGAUUUCGCGAAGGAGGCGCUAUUUACAAGACAUCCUGAAAUGAAGGACUGGCCUGUUGGUCACGGAUUCACAUUUGGAAAGGUGAAUAUAAAGAAUGUCCAGAUCGUAGAUUAUUUUGGAGGUAGUAAAUAUCCUACAGUUCCAGAAUACUACAACGUAACACUCACACCAAAUCGCAAGAGUUUUCCAAAAAUUACUUAUAAUGCCAUACCAAUGAACGAUAUAUUAAGACCAAAUUAGAUAUAUAAGAAGCUGUUGGUUUAACUUUAAGUCAUAUUUUGUUGUUGUUUGUAUAUAUAUAUAAUGUAAAAUAAAUGUUGACUAUUAUGUUU